AUGAUUUUCCCCUCGCCGAAGGGGAAGAAAGCGUCAAAUAUGAAAGAUCCAAUACAAUUAAACACGUACGAAGACAAGGUCUCAUUCUUAGGUAUGCCGUGUGCGGUGUUUACUUCUCUGUUCCCGCGCCAUGUUCUUCCUCUUUUCUCUUCCAUCUCAGAGAUCCAGCCAAGGUUCAAACUUCCAAGCUGUCCCUGAGGCAUGAAGAUUCUCUGUUCUCUGUCUGCUUGUUUCUCACGAUCGGUUCAACACCAAACCGAGCAAGGCAGAGAGAGUGAAGGAACAUUUCGUGUAUUUACAUACAGCGAAUUAAAAUCCGCGACCCAGCGUUUCGAUUCCUCGAACAAGAUUGGAGAAGGCGGUUUCGGCACCGUGUACAAGGGGCGGCUUCUGGACGGCACAUUUGUGGCAGUCAAAGUGCUUUCGAUCGAACUGGAUUCCCUGCAGGGCGAGAAGGAAUUUGUAGCAGAACUGGGCACGUUGGGCGAUAUUAAGCACGAGAAUCUAGUCACUCUUCGAGGCUGUUGCGUGGAAGGAGCUCACAGAUACUUGGUCUACGAGUACAUGGAAAACAACAGCCUUCACCACUACUUUUUAGGUUCACAGGAGGGCAGGAUGAGAUUCAACUGGGAAUCAAGGAGGGACAUAUGCAUAGGAGUGGCCAGAGGGCUUGCCUACCUUCACGAGGAAAUUAGACCCUAUAUUGUGCACAGGGACAUCAAAGCCAGAAAUAUACUCCUUGACCGACGUCUGAGGCCGAAACUUUCCGACUUUGGCCUGGCAAAGUUACUGAGAGACGACAAGUCUUACGUUAGCACUCAAGUUGCGGGGACAUUGGGUUAUCUGGCUCCGGAAUAUGCCAGUUCUGGGAAGGUAACGAGAAAAUCAGAUGUUUAUAGCUACGGAGUGUUAGUCCUCGAAAUUGUGAGCGGCCUGCCAGUGGUCGAUCCCUAUCAGGACACGGAACGUUUCCUGGUUGAGAAGGCGUGGUCGGCGUAUGAAGGCGGUGAUGUGGCGAAAAUGGUGGAUGCAGAGCUGAAGGAGAGAUGGCCAGAGGAAGAAGGCGCGAGAUUCCUGAAGGUGGGGCUGCUUUGCGUGCAAGAAACGGCGAAGCUGAGGCCACGAAUGACACAAGUAGUAGAAAUGUUGAGCAACAAGAUCGAUAUGGCGAGUGUGAGCAUUUCAAAACCAGGGGUGGUGGCUGAUCUCAGGGCUAUCCGAAUCAGAGAGCCGUCCCAUUCAUCAGAAGUAUCCUCCUCCGGCGCAGCUACCUUUGCAACUUCCAUCUGGAGCUCCUCCAAUCUAGCCCGUUGAUUACAUUCUCUUUGUAAAAUGAGGGAUUCUCAUUUAUCGCAUUUUAAUUUUAAUCUCACAUCGAUCAUUCCCAAUUCAUUCCCCUCAUUGAGAAUCGAUAGUACUCCAUUCUUGUAAUUCUUUUUGUAUUCUACGCGUCUGUAUUAAAUUAAUUUUAAAUUGAUUUAUUGCCCAUGUUCAGGUCUCCGUCCCGGAGAACUGAAUUCCAUUAA